UUCCACCGCUUAUUGAAAUGUCUGCAUUUAAUAAUAAAUUUUAUAUUUCAAUUAUAAUAUUAUUCUUCAUUUUUAAAAUAACAAUUCUCACUAUACUAUCACAUGCAGUCCCUGGUAGAAGAUUCAGCAUCAUGGAAAUCAUAACAAAUUUCGUAUUUGUCAUACCGAGAUUGACUGACUUUGUUAUAGUUAUUAGUGCAUGUUUCUUUUUAAGGCAAAUAGGACAUAGAUUUUCCAUUUUAAACAAAUUUUGGAAACGAUUACCAGGUGAAAUUAUUAGAGCACCAGGCCAUUGGUCUAAGGAUGAAAUUGCUAUGCUAAUAGAGAGUUGCAGACUACUUCAUGCUAAUCUCAGUGAUAUUCUCAAAACAUUUAGUUAUGCAUAUGGUCCUAUAUUAGUGUUCUUCUUUUUAUUCGUAUUUAUAGACAUGGCGUAUAGUAUGUUUAUUAUUUUAUAUUUGAAUUAUACAAUUCCAGCAAUUUAUAUAUUAACACAAGAUAGUCUAUUCAUCAUUGUACUUCUGAAACAAGCAACAUGGACUUUUAAUCGGAAAAUAAAGAUUAUUUCAUUUUUGCGAUUAUGUCAAAUUGCUGAUUUACCCGAAGAAAUAAGGAUACAGUUGCAGUUUUUUAUGAAACAAGUUUCUUGUUAUGAAAAUAAUGAGUUAGCAGCAUGUGGCACAUUUAAAUACAAUUUAAAACUAAUUUUAUCGAUAGCAGUUGCUCUUGUUAAAUGUUUUUCAACUCUGAUAGAAAUGAAGAGCCAGGAAAUAUUCUUAUCAUGGAUCAACUUAACUUCAGAUUACUUUCAACAAGACAAAAACAAAACAAUAAAUCCAUAACACUUUUUUAUAAAUAUCAGUUACUUAAGUUAUUGAGGUCACUUGUGUGUAUAUAAUCGUUUUCAAUAUACAAAUGGUAGCACAGUGGGUCACGGCACUGUAUGGACGUGGCAUAGAUGGGACAAGUAUAAAUGAUAUCAGACAGUGAUUAAAAUCACUAUCAUAAGAAACGCUUCGAUGUAAAUCAUAGAUAGUGUUAAAUUUUAAGAAAUUGGUAGAUUAUUUCAAAAGCAACAACAACUCUUAUUCUCUUAA